GGAAGGCCCCACGUGAACAAUGUGGGCAUUAAAGAUGACGCAACGGGCGCGCGGCAACGCAGUUGCCGGAGAAACAAGCCACUGCUCUCUCCACUCCUCCUCACCGACCAGGCUUACUGCCACAGCGUCCGUGGAAAACUCUUAAACCCCACCGUUUCCUUUUGUACCUGUUGGACUGAACGACCCUCAUCAUGUCAAAAGGUACAGUGGUUCUGGCCUACAGCGGUGGACUGGACACAUCCUGCAUUCUGGUUUGGCUGAAGGAACAGGACUACGAUGUGAUCGCAUUCCUGGCCAAUAUUGGGCAAGAGGAAGAUUUUGAAGCUGCACGGAAAAAGGCAGAAAACCUUGGGGCAAAGAAAGUUUUCAUUGAAGACCUGCGUUCAGAGUUUGUCGAGGACUUCAUCUGGCCUGCACUUCAAGCCAAUGCUGUCUAUGAGGACCGAUACCUGCUGGGCACUUCAAUAGCACGACCCUGCAUUGGCCGCCGUCAGGUGGAGAUUGCUCGUAGGGAGGGAGCCCAGUUUGUCUCUCAUGGUGCCACAGGGAAGGGCAAUGACCAGAUACGUUUUGAGCUCACAUGCUACGCCCUCUACCCCGAAGUUGAGAUCAUUGCACCGUGGAGGAUUCCUGAGUUCUACAACCGCUUCAGGGGGAGAAAAGACCUGAUGGAAUAUGCACAGAAACAUGGCAUCCCUGUGCCUGUCACUCCUCGAGCACCGUGGAGCAUGGACGCCAAUCUCAUGCAUAUAAGUUACGAGUCUGGCAUCCUGGAGAAUCCCAAGAGCCAUGCUCCGACUGACCUGUACCUGAUGACCAAGAGCCCAGAAGAUUCUCCAAACACCCGUGAUAUACUGGAGAUAGAGUUCAAAAUGGGUGUGCCUGUAAAGGUGACCAAUAUGGAGGAUGGCAACUCCAAAGACUCACCACUGGAUAUCUACAUUUACCUCAAUGAGAUUGGUGGAAAGCAUGGUGUGGGCCGGAUUGACAUUGUUGAGAACCGUUUCAUUGGCAUGAAAUCCAGAGGGAUUUAUGAAACCCCAGCAGGCACAAUUCUGUUGCAGGCCCAUUUGGACAUUGAAACCUUUACCAUGGACAAAGAAGUACGUCGGAUCAAACAGGGACUGGGUAUCAAGUUCUCUGAACUUGUCUACAACGGUUUCUGGAACAGUCCAGAGUGCGACUUUGUGCGACACUGCAUUGCCAAGUCCCAGGAGAAUGUGGAGGGCAAAGUACAGCUGUCUGUCUUCAAGGGCCAGGUCUACAUCCUCGGACGAGAGUCACCUAAGUCCCUUUACAACGAAGAAUUGGUCAGCAUGGACGUGCAGGGAAACUACGACCCGUGUGAUGCCUCUGGAUUCAUCAGGAUUAAUGCUGUCAGAUUAAGGGAACACCAUCGUUUGCAGGGUCUCUCCAACACCAAGAAAUAACUGUGCCAAUCCUGUGAACCAUCUUUUUUUCUUCCCUCCUCUCUCCAACAUGUCUAAAGCAGUAGUAGGUUUAGACUUACUUAACUGUCGACCUUUUGCUCAAUUGUUGCUGUACUGCUGGGAUUUUGAGUGGGAAAGAACAAAAAUGCCUAUAAAAAUGGUUUGAAUCAGUGUACACAUGAUUGUUAGCUUCACUGUUCAGGGAGAUUUUGGUAGUACAGUAUGUGUAUUUCUUAGUAUUUUAUUUCCUGUGAGUAACAUGGCAUCAGGUGAUCACUACUUGAACUCUGGAAAUCUUUCAUUCAGAAAUAAAAUGCAGUGAAUUGUGUUUUU